CAUAUGCGCGCUGCCUGUUCACCAGGAAGUCGUCAAAACAUUUUGCGUUUACUUUCCAUAUGCAGGGGAAUGGAUUUGGACAUCUCUCUGCCAUGAAUAAGAGGAAAUCUGGUGUUCACAAUGCUGUAAAACCAUCGAAGACCCCUCGGACUGAUGGUAAAACUCAUGUGUUGGAGGAGGAGGAUGUUGAUGAGGAGGAUGGAGCCCUUCAAGAUCAUCUUUCUGCUUCGAAUGUCGGAGAUAUCGGUGUGAUAGAAAGUAUAACUUUGAGGAACUUCAUGAGCCACCAUUUGCUUGGACCUUUAAAAUUUGGAGCAAAUGUCAACUUCAUUGUUGGAAACAAUGGAACUGGGAAAAGUGCCAUUCUGACAGCUCUUAUAGUGGGUCUCGGUGGAAAAGCAACUACAACUAAUAGAGGAACGUCUUUGAAAGGUUUUGUGAAAUAUGGAGAGACUUCUACAGACAUUAAAGUGAAAUUAAAAAACCGAGGAAAUGACCCCUAUAAAGGGGAUGUUUAUGGAGACAGCAUCUGCAUUGAACAUCGGAUCACAAGUGAUGGAUGCAGGACUUGUAAGAUCAAGAAUAAAGCAGGGCAUGUGGUUUCCACUAAGAAGGAGGAGUUGACUGCAAUACUGGACCAUUUUGGAAUCCAGGUUGACAAUCCUGUGUCUGUCCUUAACCAAGAAAUGAGUAAACAAUUCCUGCAUUCGAAAAGUGAAGCGGACAAAUACAGGUUUUUCAUGAAAGCUACUCUUCUGGAGCAAAUGAAAAGAGACUACAUUCACAUCAAGCAGACUAAAGCCGUGACACGAGACCAGGUGGAAAGACAAGAGGAGUGUCUCAGAGAUCUCAGGCAGUUAUUCUUGCAGAGGAAAGAAAGAUAUGAGCGCAUGUCGUCUCUGGAUGAUAUGAGACAGACUCUGGAGGACCUGAAAAAGAAGAUGGCGUGGUCUUUGGUGAGAGAGAAAGAGAGUCAAGUUGAACAGCUGAAGGAACAAAUCGAAAAAGAAGAUGCUGAUUGUAAACAUGAAGAAAAGCUGCAGCUCUGUCAGAACAAAGUUGCUGUUGCUGAGAAGAAACUGCAGGACAGCCAGAAACAUCUGUGUACGCUUCGAGAGGAGCAGGAACAUCUCACAGAGGAGAGCCGGAAAAUGAAGGAGGAAAUUAAAGUCAAAACAAAAGCACAGAAAAGCCAGGAGGUGGUUUACUUCCGCGCUGAGAAUAAAUUGAAACAGUUAAAAAAGGAGCAAUGCCUUCUUCAGGAGAGAAUUCACAAAAUAAGUCAUGGCAGCAGCAGAAACCGCCAAGAGGCCGAGCACAUGCAGCAUCUUAAAAAAAUAUCUGCCUUGAAAAACCAGCUGGAAAAGCUUGAGACAGAGUCCAGAGCUCUGAAUCAAGAGAUUAAGGACAGACAACAAGCUCUACAUAAAGGAAGAGAGGAAUACGAUAAACUCAGCAUGGAGGAAAAGAACAUAAAAGCCUCUCUGGAGUCCAAAUCGAAGAGAAAAAAGCAGCUGAUGGCCAGCAGAUCUAACAGACUGAGGCGGUUUGGUGAUCACAUGCCAGAAUUGAUGGAGUCCAUCAACAAAGCCUUCGCUCAGGGGCGAUUCAAGAAGAAACCUGUGGGACCAAUAGGUGCAUGCAUCAGUCUAAAAGAUCCCACUUUAACCUUGGCUGUAGAGUGUUGCUUAGGAUUUUUUUUGAAAAGCUUUUGCUGUGACAAUUACAAGGAUGAAAAAGUCCUUCAGGGAUUGAUGUCGCAGUAUUUCUACAAAGGCAACAGGCCUCAGAUAAUGGUGUGUCCAUUCACAGACCAUGUUUAUAAUCUUCAAGGCCGUGGAGUCCAUCAUCCUGAGUUUCCAUCAGUGCUGGACUGCCUUAAUAUCGAGAACCCGGUCAUAGCAAACUGUCUUAUUGACAUGAGGAGCAUUGAGAGCAUUCUGGUCAUCAGAGAAAAAGCUCGUGCCAGGAAGGUCAUGCAGGGCUCAAGACCACCAAAGAAUUGCCGCGAGGCCUUCACUGCAGAUGGUGAUCAGGUUUUCACCAAUCGCUAUUACACCCCUGAACAUGAAGUUCUGGUCAAAUAUCUUGGUGGAGACCCAGAAGCAGAAAUAAGUCUAGUGAACGGAGAGCUGGAGAACAUUCAGGCUCAGCUUUUACGCUUCCAGCUUCACUCCUGCUCUGUGAAGGAGGACAUUCAGCUCAUGGAGGAGAAAUUGCGUAGUGUUAUCAUGGCCUGCAAAAAGAAUCAGGAGAGUAUAAAUAAGGUUAAAGCUUCGAUAACAGAACUUGAGAACAUUGAGGAGGCGCAGGAUGAGGACAUCAGCUCUCUGGAGGAAGAGGCUCAAGAGAACGAGCAGAAGAUCGAAUUGGAGAAGAGAAUCGUGAAAGAGGCUGAAGAUGAACUCCGAAAACAUGAGAAAGGGCUCUUGGCUGUCAAUCAGAAAUUCAAAGAUGUGAAAUGUAAAAUGGAGAAACUGUCAGAUGAGAUGGAGCAGCUGAAGGAGGAGCAAGUGAAGGCAGAAACUGUUUGCAACAAACUUGAUCAAACCAUGAAGACCUUGGAGAAGAAACUCAAGGAUCAUCAGAACAACAUUCAGAGCAUGAAAGAAGAUUUGUCCCUCCAAGAGGAAGACUUGCGGGAUUGUGAAGCCAAAGCCCGAGAGCUGUGUCCUGAGCGCCAGCAGGUUGAUCAGAGUCCCAGAAGCAUUGAUGUGGAGAUCACACGCCUGCGACAGAAAAUCAAAACGCAAGAGAACAGUCACGGCGAUAAGGAGCAAAUUAUCCGGGAGUAUGCGGAGGCUCACAGUAAUUACAAAAGCAAAUCCAGCCAGCUGAGGGACCUCAGGAAGUUUAUCGACCGUCUCGACAACAUCAUGAUUGACCGCCAGGACCGAUACAAAACACUGCGAAAGUCGCUUUCUGUAAGGUGCAAGCUGUACUUCAACAACUUCAUGAUCCAGCUGCACUGCUGUGGCUCUAUGAUGUUUGACCACAACAAUGAAACGCUGUCCAUUUCUGUGAAGCCGCCUGGUCAGGAGAUGAACAGCGUCAGUGACAUGCGCUCUCUCUCGGGCGGUGAACGCUCCUUCUCCACCGUCUGCUUUAUUCUGGCACUCUGGGAAAUCACAGAGUCUCCUUUCCGCUGCCUGGACGAGUUUGAUGUUUACAUGGACAUGCACAAUCGCAGCAUUUCAAUGAACAUGCUUGUGGCACUUUCCGAGCGUCAACAUCUGCGGCAGUUCAUCUUCAUCACCCCUCAGUCUAUCAGCCAACUUCCUAAAAGCACCAACAUCACAAUCCACCAGCUUCAGGAUCCAGAGAAAGACACUGAGGAGGAGUGAGAAGUACAUUAGGUACACAUACACACACACACACAUAUGUAUCACUUGAAGAGACCGCACUGGAAAAUGUGUAAAGUUUGUACUGUAUGUCUGUAUACAUUUGCUUUUAUUUAUUUUCAGAAAAACAUUUUAGUGAUAUAAGGAAAAAUAGUUUAGUGUUUUACUGAUGUUUUAACAUUUCUCAGGCUUCCUUCACAUCAUUUCUUACUCAUCUGUUAUUUAGCUGAAAAUGUGGAGUUUGUAUCUGUUCACACCUGCUGAUGACAGUUUGAGUGUGUUCACCUUUAGUGUUUAUCAGCUGAAACCAGCAUCCCCUGUUAUAAACCACAGAACUGUUCCUCGUUAUUGUUAA